AUGUCCUCCAAAGACCGUGACGUCGACGUCGACGUUGAUCGGCCCCCGCGCGACAAGACCGACAAGACAGAGAAGAAGGCCUCGAGGAGCAAGUCGGAGCGCAGCAGCAGAACCGACAGGGAAAAGGGCGACAGGGAGCACCGAUCCCACCGCGUGAGCUCGCGCUCCUCCAAGUCAAAGAUGGCCGACGGCAGCACCCUCAGCAGCGACGUCCACUCUCACUCCCACCGCCGCCACCGCACCCGCGAAGAACGAGACCGCGACCGAGACAAGGACCGCGGCCACGACCGCUCCUCCUCCAUGACCGACCUCGUCCCUGAACUGUCUCGCACCUCGCUCACCGGCCCGGCCUCGACCGACCGCAUCUCGGUGCCCUACCCGACCUUUAGCAAGGCGCACAGCAAGGAGGCCGUCCGCGGCAGCCGCGAGGAUGUCUCGGGGUCGGGCGUGGGCGCAACGAGAAGGGACGACCCCUUCACGCCCGAGGCGACGGACCUGGGCGACAGCGACCUCAAGCGAUCCAAGAGCGCCGAUUACUCCGAUAAGCAGCGCAAGGUUUCGUCCAAGAAGGAUUCCAGACCCCCUAGUCCACCAGAGACGGACUUGUCGGGCAAGAGACGAUCGGGCACACCCGAGGAGUCAUCCAGGAAGGUCCGCGAGGAGCGUUCGAGCUCGAGACUCAGCGGUGAGGCGUCGAAGAGAGACCGCGAGGAUAGACCGAGCUCGCGACUCAGCGGCCUCUCACGGUCGGGCUCCAGAGCCGAUGACAAGUCCCGACUAAGCUUCAAGUCCAAGACGAGCAGCCAGGCCACCUACGUCAAGUCGCCGGCGUUCCCUCCCGGCGUGCAGGAGAGCCUGAACAUCAAGCCGAGCGCCUCUAGAUCGUCCUCGAAGCGGAGCUCGUCGAGCAAGAAGAGCCGGCGGUCCGAUAACCACGACGGCGACUCGUCUCCUGAAAGUCUCCAAGACUCGUCGCCCAGGACCCCGACGCAAGCGCCGCCAUUCCCACCGCCUUUCGCGAUGCACGACAAGCCCCCGGGUCCCCCUCCUCAGGUGUACCCCGAGAACGACAUCACUCCACAUGGCUCCGCCCUCCGGCCCUCCCCCCCUCCACCACCACCCCCGCCCGUGGACGUUCAGGAAGCACCCCGGGUCGACUACCUUUUACAGAACGGCGGGCUCAUUCAACCUAUCCCAAAGACGUUCCUCUCUGUUUUGCCCCGACAAAACGGCGCUCGACCAUCUAACCCGCCCCUAGUGGGUGCGCAGACUUUGUUUGCACCAUUCUUUAACCUGUUGGACCAGUACAACUCGGUCCUCAACCGCAACGGCUCCGUGGCAGUCGCAACAGGCCAUCGAUCAGUGGCUCGUCGUCUGCUGGACCGCCUCGAAAACGUAUUCUCGAGAGAGCUCCCCGAGCACGGAUGCACGUGUGUGGUUUGUGAAAGAGGCCCCGAUAUUCAACAUCGCGGCUUGGGCUGGGGCGAAGUCCUCGAAUGGGUUAGCGGCCGCAUCGACCUUCCCCAGUGGCCGCCGUUCGACCUGGCAAGCUUGGGAUCCAAGGCUGCCGAAGUGUCUGCAGACCUGCCACCCCGGCCAGACUCGCCGGUCAAGAUCGACCCCGAUAUCGCCGAGGAGUUCCGCGAGCAUUAUCUCAGACAGUCCAAGAAGGUCAGAGGCGCCGUGGACAAGUGGCUCAACACCUGCGGUGAAACGACGGCGCCCCCGCCCCAGGACGUGGACGACGAGACUCUGACGUUUGCCAUCCUUACGAACCUGGACCCUGAAGACCAGCCAUAUUUUAACGCCAUCCUUUCUGGCUCCAACCACCCCAAGCCCGCAACGAGAGCGCCCACGCCGUUGCACCGGGCGCGUCCGGACCUCCUUGUCAAGACCGGCUUGGCUCUGCAGCGCCUCUACCGACUAGUACAGGUGCCGCGAGACGCCGAGGUCGCCAUGUACCUCGUCAAGAACCCCCACACGCACGAUCUGCUCAUCACAAUGUCCGACAUUAACACGCAAGAAUGGGAGAUCUUGACCUCUGGCCGGUUCGACGGCUUCCUCUGGUCCGGAGCCGACGGCGACGACAUUGCGACCCCGACAGCCGAGUCGCGCGGCGCCACGCCCGCGAGCAACUACUUCCCCUCUCGGCCUAACACCAUGAGCCCGGGCGUCCGAGGAACGCCUGGGUUCCCGGGAUCUCGCAACACGACGCCAUUCUCGGCCUACUCCCGUGGCGCCACCCCCGCCUCUUUCGUCAGCAACGCGUCGUCCGCCGCGGCGAACCGCCAAGCCGUGUCCCGAGACGAGGAGAUGGAGAUGGCCGUCCUCGCAGAGGUGGAGCGAGAGAUCUACCAGGGCAUGGAGGCGUUGGAGGACGCGUUCGAGGCGCUCCACCUCAAGGCCGAGGUCGUCCGGACGGGCCUGCGUAACCGCGGCGCCGGCCUGAUGCACAGCCUGCAGAGCCGCCGGCGCAUCGACGUGCUCCCCAACCCGGGCUCCGGCAACUCGCAGUCAUCGGGCUACGAGCGCCCCAGCUGGGCCCAGGGCGACUACGACGCCAACAGCGAUAGCGAGUGGGGCGGCGACGACUUCGAGCUCGCCCCUGACGACUCGGCGAGCAACAUCAGCAGCUCGCGGCACCGACGGCCCAAGAGGCGGACCGAGAGAAGGACGCCGGCGCCGAUUGAGGAAGACGACGAGGAAAACUGA